AUGGGGUCAUUUAAUACUGAUAUUGUCCAUGUGUUGCUUGUCUCAUUCCCAGGGCAAGGGCACGUGAACCCUCUUCUGAGGCUUGGGAAGUGCUUGGCCUCAAAUGGUUUGCUGGUCACAUUUUGCACCCCAGAAAGCUGGGGAAAGCAGAUGAGAGAAGCGAGCAAUAUCUCGGACGAGGAAGUCUCCAUUGGAGAGGGUUUCUUAAGGUUCGAAUGGUUGGAAGAUGGGUGGGAUGAGGAAGAGCCUCGGAGAGAGGACUUGGAUCAGUAUCUGCCCCAACUUGAGAUAGCUGGAAAGCAAGCCCUCUCUCGCAUCAUCAACCACCACGCUCAACGAGGCCGGCCCGUUUCAUGUCUCAUCAAUAACCCUUUCAUCCCCUGGGUUUCUGAUCUUGCCCAAUCCCUUUCCCUCCCUUCCGCCAUGCUUUGGGUUCAAUCUUGUGCUUCCUUUUCUGCCUACUACCAUUACUACCACAAACUAGUGCCUUUUCCUUCCGAAACUGAGCCCGAAAUUGAUGUUCAGCUGCCAUGCAUGCCUUUGUUGAAAUACGACCAAGUCCCCAGCUUCCUCCAUCCAAUCACUCCCUACCCAUUCCUUCGAAGGGCAAUCAUGGGACAGUUCGCCAACCUGGAAAAACCCUUUUGUAUUCUGAUGGACACCUUCCAGGAGCUGGAGCACGACAUCGUUGAGCACAUGUCGAAGAUUUUCCCUAUUAAGACAGUUGGACCCUUGUUCAAGGCCCCACAUGAGAGCACCGUGCGUGGUGAUUUGUUGAAGGCCGAUGACUGCAUCAUGGAGUGGCUUAACUCGAAGGCACCCUCUAGCGUGGUGUACAUAUCCUUUGGCAGCGUGGUGUACUUGAAACAAGAGCAAGUGGAUGAGAUCGCCUACGGCCUUCUGGACUCGGGAGUUUGUUUCCUUUGGGUGAUGAAGCCUCCUCACAAACACUCUGGGAAUGAGGUUCACGUGCUUCCUCGUGACUUCCUUGAGAAAGCAGGGAACAAAGGCAAAGUGGUGCGGUGGAGUCCGCAGGAGCAAGUUCUGAGUCACCCCUCGGUGGCUUGCUUUGUUACUCACUGUGGGUGGAACUCGUCCAUGGAAGCACUCACCUCUGGAGUGCCCCUGGUGGCGUUCCCGCAGUGGGGUGACCAAGUGAUCAAUGGGAAGUACUUGGUGGAUGUUUUCCAAGUGGGUGUUAGAAUGUGCAGAGGUGAAGCUUCAAAUGAAUUGAUAAAGAGGGAUGAGGUGAAGCAGUGUUUGUUGGAGGCAACCGUUGGCCCCAGAGUGCCCUGCAUGAAGCAUAACGCUUUCAAGUUCAAGGCAGCAGCAGAAGCCGCGCUAGCCCCAAGUGGUUCUUCUCAUUGCAACAUGCAAGCAUUCGUGGAUGAAGUAAGGAAGAGAAGCGUAGAGAUUAGAAACACUUGUGGCAAUGCUUCCCCUUCUCACGUCAAGCCAAUCCCAAUGGUCACCAAAGAAAAAUAA